CUUCUCUCCAAUCACUGACUUCCUCUUCGUUUCAUCUUGGUUUUGAGGAAUGAUGCCGAGGGUUGAGACUCAAUGGAGUCAGGGAAAGGACGAGAGGUCAGAGGAGAGAAGGCAGGAGAUGGGCUGGGUGGGGUUGGUCUGCUAGGGCGGGUUGGAAUUGAGCUCCAGUUGGGUUGAGGUUGGGGCUUGGGGGAUUGAGGCUAGGCUAUGUAAUGUCUAUUGUAGAAAUUUUUGCUAACGGAUAAUACAUGUACUUGUAUUUAUCACACAUGUAUUAAUGGGAAAACAAUGGAUAUCCGUUGUAGAAAUAAUUUAUCGUAAGUCCUAUAUCGUUAAAAAAAGAGUAUUUGGGGGGGGGGGGGGGAGGGGAGGAUGAGCCACUGUCUCGGUCUCGCCGACUCGGGGUUUGCCAGUUGACGUUGCGUCUUGGUUUUGAGGAAUGAUGCCGAGGGUUGAGACUCAAUGGAGUCGGGGAAAGGACGAGAGGUUAGAGGAGAGGAGGCAGGAGAUGGGUUGGGUUAGGGGUGGGUUGGUCUGCUAGGGCGGGCUGGGGCUGGAAUUGAGCUCCGGUUGGGUUGAGGUUGGGGCUUGGGGGACUGAGGCUAGGCUAUGUAAUGCCUAUUGGAGAAAAUUUUUCUAAUAGAUACGUGUACUUGUAUUUAUCACACAUGUAUUAAUGGGUAAACAAUGGGUAUCUGUUGUAUAAAUAAUUAUCGUAAGUCCUAUAUCGUUAAAAAAGAGUAUUUGGGUACCCGUAACCCUAAAAAAUUGGACGGGUAAGGGUAUAGUUGUUGGUGAAGAAGGAGCAACAAUCAUAUUUAAAUAAAUUUGAAUAAUAUAAAAUGAGACGGGUAUAGAUAUAGUUGUCGCUGGAAAAAUAGUGAUCAAGUACCAUACAUAAUACAUAUACCUCUUACAAAACACGAAUUAUUGAAAUAAGUUGGUUUAUGAUUUAUCUCGCAAAAUGGCUAACCUUGGACAUUUCAGCACUCCGGCAUAUCACGAUAUUUGACAUUUCAGUCGGCUGGUCUAUAACCGAAUCUGCACCAGAUCGACCAAACCAAAUCGAACGAAAUCUAAUGCAGUUUAAUACUAAUCUCAUGCAUUUUAUAAAUAAAGAAAAAUGAUUUGGUUCUGUCCGAUUGGUGAAAGGACCUAAGUUAUAAAGUGCUAAAUUUGACCCGAAAUUACGGUUAGUACAAUGGGUAGAACUGAACCAGGACUGCAAUUUGCCAAUUUCACUCCCAAGGGCCAAGUCCCAAGUCCAACCCAUGAAAUGUGGGUUCCUAAUCCAUUUUACAGAAAACCUCCUCUCUGGAAUCAACGAGAAGUCCGGCGAGCGCGCUUCUCCUUUCUCUUCUCGGCUUCCGCCGUCUCCGGCAGACCAGAGCUGCCUCCGGUCGACUUCGGUUCCCCAUAGGCUGCUGCCUCCGAGUCCCGGGAUUCGGCUGCAACUUCUCUCUUCCGAUCUACCUCCUGUUCUUCCGAUCUCGCUUCAAUCACCGGUGCCUUCAACCCCUCGCCCUCUCGCUACUACUCAACAGCCCAAUGCUUAGUGAGGUAACUUCUUAUAUCCCUCACAAUCCCUCCCUGAAUCGCAGGCAAAUUUUGAAAUUGUGAUUACUGAUUAGAAUUUAUAACUAUUGUCUAGUGGGUAGCUUGCCAAUUUUGAUUUCUAUCAAUUAUCUUAGUUUCUUAGCCAAGUUCACGGAUACUUCUAGUUUUAGCCCUGUUGUUGGCAUGAGUCAGGAAUUUGUGAAGCAUGAAUAUAGUCAAGUUUUCAAAACAAACGUUCUUCAUUGUGAUACUACUUCAGGUUGAGUACUUCACUCAAGCUCGUAUGACUUGUGCAUUUGAUCACUGGGCUGUGAGCUUCCAAGCCAAGGAUCACUACAUACUUUGAUGUAGACUCGCAGCUCGCUUCAUUUCUAACAAAUUUAACUUCACUGCGCUUGUUGAUUGAGUGUGAUGUUUAGAGGUCAGGACUCUACGUGAAAUGAAAUCGUUCGGUCAUUGUUAACUGGAUUUGUUGUUUUUACGCAAUGCAGUCAAGUUGGUGUAGUGGACCAUGACAUAUCGGAAUCUAUAGCAAGAAAUGAAUGAAUCGUCUAUUGCUACCGCAAGAUUUACUUACAUACAUGAUCGAAAGUGGCCUUCGGCAGCAAUUGAUGUGCACCAUGUAAUAGUUCGGCAAAGCAAUCUGAAGGGUUUAUUAGUUUGCCUUCUUGCUUUGGGAUUCUCGGCAAAUGGAUUAUAUCUCUUCAUGGUCCUGGCGGGUAAUUAAUUAUCUCUCUGCUACUUCUUUACAAUUAGCGUUUUGGGACUGAAGAUGGAUGCUUUUAGUGGUUAAGAGUUAUUUGGGACAGCAACUCAGGCUAUACAAACUUCUGGAUUAACAGGAUAAAUCACCUUUCGCUCUUUUGUGGAGUUUACUGUUGAGUUCAAUCCUUCUCAAACUUGGUAUCGGGAAGUCUGUUCUGAAAGGUGAGAAGAAGUGAAAUCAGCCUCUUGUCCUACAAAGCAUCAUUCUUUUUUUCUUGAACUCUAUAUCCUGUUUGCUAGUGACUUGCAUUGAUUGACACUUGCAGAGUCGGUUCUGAUCAUGCCACAUUUCGGGGUUCAACUCGAAACACAUUAUAGAAGGUGUGCACAUAAGUUCUGAUAUUUGGCCUUCCGAGUUUCAUUUUUGGGCCCUCUUAGCACGUGAAUUCGAAAAAUGAGAAAGUGGAAGCUGGCUGAUGUUGAAGUAGGGUCUGAGAUUUGCUUCUAUAUGCAAGCCUCCAUCUUUCAAAUGAAAACAAACACAGCCAUGCCAUUUUGAUUAGAAUUAGUGGAAGCUUGUCGAUAUUAGAUUCACUGUGGACCUUCCUGGCCUGUUUCUUUCUCUACUUGGUAUUAUCUGCUGGGCAGUGGAAGAAUAUCACGCCGCUUUGUGCCAGUUCCAGUGAGCACGAUUCUGAAGCCAUUGCUGCUAGAGCAUGUGAAUCCGGUUACUUCUUACUGGGUUCUGUCUCUGAUUUUGCUUAAGGAAGAAGAACUGACUCCGGUUUUCAAGGUAUGAAUACAAGUUCUGGCAUUUGGUGAUAGUUAUGGCAUCUAGAAUAGUUUAGAUGAAUUGCCAUCUUCCAGGUAACAAUUUUAGUGUUUCAGAGUUUUUUUAUUGUACAUGGUAAUACCUGGAAGAUGACUACGCAUAGAUUCUAGAUAUUAGGUAUGCUUGGUGGGUUGAUUAGAGUCAUUGGGUAUGGAUCUAGGGUUGUUUGCAUAGGUGCAUCUGUAUAUCGUCAGCUAGGAUACUUUUCUCGAUCUUCUGUCAGACAAAAACAUUUGGAAGAUCUGGUUAAUGAUGGUCUUAGGGAGCGGUUGAUUUCUCUAUUAACAAGCUAACUAUAUAGAGCAUCCGUCGUCCUUCGCUGCACCUUGCAUUCUUGGUAAACAGGAGUUUGAAAGAGAUGGGGGGAAAACUUGAUCAUCCUCCUGUUCUAGUGUAGUCACCAAAUUUUUGCAGCUGCAUUGUUCUUCACUAGAGUUGAUCACAUUCAUAGGAUCUCACAAAGUUGUGAUGUAGACUUUUUGAACUAUCAUUCUUGAAAAUUCUCUAUAUUGAAGCCAUUUCACAUAGCAUUCACUGAGUGAUUGCCGCAUUUGGAUUGCCAGCCCUUGCCUUGAUAGUUGAUACUGUUUAGGGUCAGGGAAUCAUUAAGCUCCAACUGUUAGUUUUGUGAUUCUCGUCAAGUAAAGAUUACAAAAGCAAGAGCACAAAUGAAAUCAAAAGGCUUCUGUUGUGGGUGUAGUGAAGUGUCCAUUUUCCUUAUUUUCUCGAUCUUCUAUGUUCCUUAUCUUGUGAAUUGCUUUAUUAUUUCAUUUGCAUUUAUAGUUUUACCAAUCACAAUGUUCUAACUAUUUUCUUUCAUAUGCUUGUAGGGCUAUAAUGAAUCUGUGAAUUUGAU